CUAUGAGGGCUAAACUGCAAAAUAGGCAAACAAGUGGGAGCGAGGCUUGCUGGGCUGAUUUUAAGCCAGUUGAUGGGCCGAGUGGGCUUGACCGGUCCAACUGUCUGGCAAACGGGUAAACGGUUCUCGGGUUCGCCUUCUCCGCACUACCCACUGCCCGGUGGGUCUUGGAUUCGCGUUUAGCCUCCGCUCCGGAGAUCUGUCUAUCCGACCCGCAAGGCUUCCAUCUUCCCCAAUCUUAGAUCCUGUCGGACCUCUUUCUCCCUUCGCGUUUCUCCCAUCUCCCCCACCGCCACCGUCUACUCGCAGAUCGCCCUCGCCGCCGAUCGCACCAUCGCCGCGGGGCUCAAGCAGGCCUGCGGCGGGUUCCAUAGCGCGGCCCACGCCUGCUUUUCUGAGGGAGACCGUCGCCGGGGAGGCUGUCGCGGCCGCAACGCCGCCCUUCCUCGUCGCCCGCUUGAGUUCCGCCUGAACGCCCUUGCCUCCGGUUCACCCCACUGAGAUCGCUCCUUCACCAUUCUGCUGCUGCCAUUUUUAUUCUCCUAUUUUACUAGUAAAGUUGCUAUUUUUACUACCUUCUCUGCUACUACUCUACCAUUUAUUCUUCAGGGUCAUUACACCUCCCCGCCUCGGGCCGCGCGCCGCUCGCCAUCGGAACCCCUACCUUUUCCCUCCUCCCUCCUUGUCUUCUCCUCCCGCAGUCGCUGCCGCCGCCUCCGCCGUAGCCGCUGCCGCUGCCGCUGCCGCUAUCACUUUCUAUGCCAACGCUUCUCCUCCUUCCCUCCUCAACUCCUCUCGCUUUCCCGUAGCCGACGUUCUCCUCUCAAGAAAGCACUUGAAACCCUUCUCGCGGCGGGAGCUGCAGGGCCCCUGCCCCUGCCCUCUAAAGGUCAGCAAGGAUUCCUUCAAGAUCGCCAAAAAGCCCGCUUUCUUCCCCCACCCCCAACCCCAAGCCCAACAACCGCAACAACAACAUCAAGAACCUCUCAUCUAAAACCAAAACCAAAACCAAAACCAUCAAGCAUUGCUCAUCUGUGAUCAUCCAUGCGGUGUCGCCCAAGGUCAUCCACACCGCCCCCUUCGAUUUCAUGUCCCUCGUCUAGUGCCACACCGGGCAACUCCGACACUUCUUCUUCUACUGCAAUAGCUCUAUUGAUAGUAGAAACAGCCAUGACCCUCCUCCUCUUGCCUGCCACCGUAGUCGCAGUGUCUUUGUGGCCACAUCAUCAUCACCAUCAUUGGCAGCAAUUGUUGCAGGUGCAACAGCAGCUGCAAGACGGCUGUGCAGACGUCGAAUUGCUGAUUGGGCGGGCGGCUAUGGUGGCGGUAGCUGCGGCGGCGACGGAUCCUGUCGGCACGGAUUGGCCGGAUCCACCGAGCCAUAGAGGAAGAGAGAGAUAGAGAGAGAGAAAUCUGUUAAAGAAAUGGAGGAGGGAGAGAGAUGGAGGAGUUAGAGAAGAGAGGAAGGAUCGAACAUAUGAUUUGGACUAGCAGUUCAAUUACAAACUUAGUACUGUGCAUCACCAGACGCAAGAUCGGGAUACCUCUUGCCAGCUCAUAUCUCAAUGCAGUCCGAUCCAAUCUCGACCUCUUGUCCUAUUUAAUCCUAUCCCGGGCCCCAAACACGCUCGUGUUGUUUCCUCUCAAGUUUCAUUUGUACUCAACAACGGUUAUUGCUCCUCUUCAUAAUUCUCUAGAAACUGGUCAGCAUAUGUUGAACUCACGCAAAUAUGAAUCUGUUGUUCUCUCUCUCAAGAACAGGCUUCAGUCAGGUAGGUUGAUUGAUGUUUUGAAUUCAACCUCUGAUUUGAACUCUUCACUUAGAAUCUUCAAAUGGGCUUUGCUCCAAAAAGGAUUUCACCAUAGUGCUGAGACUUACUCCCUUAUCAUCUUGAGGCUCGGUUUAAUGGGAGACCACCAAAAUAUGGAGGCGCUUCUUAGGGAGAUGGUCCAAAUGCGGCCCCCAAAUUUAGAACCAAUGCUUGAUCAGUUGAUUCUUUCCUUUUCCCAGAAUCAUAAAUUCACUGAAGCUUUAGAGGUCUUUCAACAUGCGAGUUCUUUGAAGCUUAGAUUAUCGCUCUUAGCAUGCAAUGCUUUAUUGCGUGGUUUUGUCUUGGAAGGGAGAAGUUUUCCGUCAUUUAUGCUUGUAUAUAAGGAGAUGGUGAAAGUGGGAAUUAUUCCUGAUGUUGAAUCGUUGAAUCUUUUAAUAAAAGUUCUUUGUGGCAUUGGACGAUUUGACUUGGCACUAGACCAGCUUCAUAGGAUGAAUAAGAAAUGUUGUACUCCAAACAGCGAGACCUUUGAAAUUCUCAUAGCAGCUCUUUGCUCUAAUGACAAGGUGGAUGAAUCAGUCAAAAUUUUGAAUGAGAUGUUAGAGAGAGGCUGUACUCUCGAUCGUCAGUUUUAUAUUAGAGUUAUACCUAUAUUUUGUUGGUCAAAUAAGUUUGACGAAGCAACUAAAUUGUUUCGGAUGAUGAAAGAUACUGGUUUGCAAAUAGAGAUGGGUUUAUAUAGCAUGAUGAUUCAGUGUCUAUGUGAAAAUCUAAUGUUAAAUGAUGCUGUUGGGAUUUUCGAAGAAUUGUCAGCAGUUGGCUUUGUUGCUACGUCUUCUAUCUAUGUUGAUAUCGUGAAUGGCUAUUGUAAAUUGGGAAAAUUUUCCGAAGCUAUGAGCUUUCUGGAUGAAAACAAUGUUUGGGAAAUUGAGCCAUACAAUGCAUUGCUCAGAGGCUUAUGUGACGUGGGUAGAUUUCAUGGGGCUGUUCUUUGCAUCAAAAAGAUGUUUACAAGGGGCCUUACUAAUAUUUUUUCUUGGAAUUUUCUUAUACGAGGAUUUUGCAAUGAGGGAAAUGUUAAAAGUGCAUUUGAAGUUAUUGCUAGAAUGAUUGUUUCUUCCUUCAUGCCUGAGGAAAGAACUUACUCAGCUGUUAUAACUGCUUACUGUAAGAUGGGCUUAUUAGAGAAAGCUUUAGAUAUUUUCAAACAGGCCAAAGCCAAGAACAUGUGUAUGGAUUCAGAAACUUCCUCAGAACUUAUUGAAGGUUUGUGUGGUGUGAAGAGGAUUGAAGAAGCUACUGAGAUGUUUUACUAUCUUACUGGUAAAGGCUGUAGUCUAUCUCCGUGGGCUCUCAGUAUGUUAAUUCAGGAGACUUGUCUUGUUGGAAAAGUGUGUGAAGCCGUAAAAUUGCAUUCUAAAGCGACUUCAAAUGGUAUAUUUUGCACGCCUAUGGCAUAUGCUACGAUCAUGGUUGGACUGUUGAAUUUGAAGAAAGAAAAGGAUUUACUACCACUCCUGGCGCAGAUGUUUACAAAGGGCUGUAUACUGGAUGGACCGACCUAUGCUACUAUUGUAUGUAGUUUCUGCACAAAGAGCACAAUUCGGGAAGGUGCUGUUCUGUUUAAUAAAAUGAUACAUGAUGGCUUUUUCCCCGACUCUAAAAUGCUUGAGAUGGUAGUCUUCAAUACAACAGCAUCUUCUUUGUUGAAUAAGGUCGUGCAUAGCUUAAUUAAAGUAAUAAAUCAAGCUGGAUUGCUUAAUCCUAGAAUAUGUAACACAAUCAUCUAUGGCCUCGUGAAAGAAGGCUAUAAGCAUGAGGCUUCUAAGUUUUUGGACCAGAUGCUUGAAAAUGGUUGGGUGCCUGAUCCACAAACACAUGGUUUAUUGGUGGGGAAUGUCAACCUGGAAGAGUCUGACGAAACCGGUGAAUCCCACGAAAAUUAUUUUGAUGAUAGAGUUAGCAACAUAUUGGCUGAGGGUUUGAAUUGAGGCAGAAGAUAUUGCUAUGAACUAGGAAGUGCUGGGAGUCAUGUCUGUCCUACAACUGCAUGAAAGUAUAUUUGGCGCGUUGUUCUCGUUCAACUGCUUCAUUUUGUUCGGGGCUUCAUUGUGCUCCUUUGUAAAGGUUAAUAGGCUGCAAGCUCGAGUUGCUGGCUCUUGGUAUUGAUUGGCGAAAAUGUGUUAGCAUCUAGUACACAGGUUGCCCUUACUGUGGCUACAUCGAAAAACCUCUUCUAUAUUAAUGUUGUCAAGGGAGUAACCGUUCAGGCUAGUUGGUUUUUCUUCCUUUGAUAGUUACUUUUGUUUCCCAUUAUACCACCUUACUCUGUUAUGUAUUUUAGGAUUUUAUGUUCUUUAUUUUAAAGUUAGUUUAUUUAUUCUCAAAAUCAUUUAUAGGAUGAAUAUUUGAAAAGCAUCUAGAAAGUCCAAGUUAGUAAGCUCCUUAACUUUGAAGUAUUUACAUUGGGACUAUUUUGUGAUA